UAAUAACUAUUAACUGGUAAGCACAGUGUGUCAUUAAUUUAGAGUUUGGAGCAUACCACAAGUGCAUUUUUCGAACUUUAAGCGAGAAGUUAUUGUUUUGGGUGUUUGUUUAGCAAAAUGAAUUAAAAUACCUGAAACACAAAAAUGGAGUAUCAAGUGCUACUGGCAUGUCUGUUGAUGUCAACAACAUUGAUUGUGGGUCAAAACAUUUACCUCGACCAGACGCUCUUCAAGUGUCCCAAAUACUGGAUAAGACACCAAGAGUCUUGCUAUAGAUUCGUGAGCAGCCCGAUAAAAAAACGCGAAGAAGCGCGAAAAAUAUGUGAGACUUAUCAAAGUGACCUGGUGUCAAUAAACACCAUAGAAGAGCACACGUACUUCCUGAAGGAGCUCCAGUGGCGAGACCCUCAGCACAGGACCUGGUACACGGGCGGGAAACUCCUCGGCGGGUACUGGUCCAACGAAGCUGACGGCUCCUCUCUGUCAGCAGUGGAGACUGCCAUAUUCCCGGAGCCGAAUGAUGGGGUACUCCGUGAGUACCUCGCUUAUAGUUACAGUUCGGGUCUCCAGAAAUGGGGACUUAAGAAAGUUACCGCGAAUGAAGAGCAUCUUUACAUUUGCGAGGCUCAUAUUUCGAAUUUGGCGAACCAAAUCGAGGAUGAAAGAGAUUACACCUACGGAAUAGAGAUCGACAACCCGCUACGCAUUCCACGCGGUCCUUAUUUCACUAGUCAGCCUCAGUCUCAGGUCUACGACUCGGCAGAACAAUACAAGCUGAUUAACGAGGUGACUCUCAAGUGUCACGCUGAGGGAUAUCCGACUCCGACCUAUGAGUGGUUUAGAGAGAAUUAUAUUAAUGGAAGGGCUCAUGCGGAAGUGAUUGAUCCGCUGCGUGAUAAUAGGUAUACAGUAACCGGAGGUAAUUUGGUGAUACACAAGCCCGUCCAAAUAAUAGACAGUGGGUCUUACCACUGCAAAGCCUCCAACAAAUUCGGAACUAUAAUAUCCGAGACCGUAAAAAUAGAAUUCAGUCAGAUAUUAGAGUUCAAUUUGAAGAGAUCUGAAGAGCGCGGAGACCAAAAUUGGGGCAAGACUGUGUACUGUGACCCUCCAGUCCACUAUCCCGACGUAAAUUACUACUGGGCGCGUGACUACUACCCAAACUUUGUGGAACAAGAUAAACGAGUGUUCGUCUCGAAAGACGGAGCUCUGUACUUCUCAGCGUUGGAACCGAUUGACGCGGGGAUCUACUCCUGUAGUGUCCAGAGCACUGCCUCAAGAACUGGACGUCAAGGACCGUUUUUCCCGCUGAGAGUCGACCACCAGUCGUCGUUCCAGCAGAUAAAGUUCGCCAAUAACUUCCCCAAGACUUUCCCAGACACCCCAGUCGUGGGCGACAGCGUCACCUUCGAAUGUGUGGCCUUUGGGUACCCGGUUCCUUCGUACAAUUGGACUCGUAUUGGCGCUCCGAUGCCUCGAGGCGCGACUUUUUCGAGCUGGAACCGCCUGCUGACUAUCAACAACAUCAAAAUCGAGGACCAGGGUCCCUACGAGUGUCGCGCUUCGAAUGGUCGAGGUGACAUCGUCGGCCGAGUCGAGCUGUCUCUCCAAGCGAAGCCAAACUUCACUAUUCCUCUGGAAGACAAACACGCUGACAAAGACCAAGAUUUAACCUGGACUUGCGAAGCCUUCGGGGUUCCUGACGUCACUUACAGCUGGUUCAAAAACGGAGAGCUGCUUAAUAUCUUCGAUCUUCCUUUAGAGGACAGAGAUCGCUUUACUAUUUACGACAAUGUACUUAAGAUCCAACGACUGGACCCUGAACGUGAUCCCGGAAUGUAUCAGUGCUCUGCGACCAAUGUACUUAAAACUGUAUAUUCUUCAGCCCAACUUCGAGUACUUUCCAUGAAACCGUCGUUUAAAAAACACCCAAUGGAGCCAGAAAUUUACGCAGCGGAGCGUGGUAACGUCACAAUAGUUUGUAACCCCGAAGCAGCGCCUCGGCCAAAAUUCGUCUGGAAAAAAGACGGAAACAUAAUCGGCUCCGGUGGAAAAAGAACUAUUUUAGAAAAUGGUAACUUGAUAAUCACUCGAGUAUCGAAAGACGAUGAAGGAUUUUACGUUUGUGUCGCGUCUAAUCAUUACGGAACUGACGAAAGUCGUGGACGACUUAUUGUACUGCGUGGUCCUCAAUUCAUCGAGCAACUGGGUCCAACAAUAUCAGUAUCAGUGAUGUACAACUGGACCCUGCGUUGCCAAGCAGACAUAGACCCAAUGUUAGACAUCGCCUACGUGUGGAAGCACAAUGGCCUAGAAAUCCGCGAGAAGGACUUGAUGACCAACCCGCGGUACCAGAUCUACGACGGAACUUUCCACUUGAUAAACAUCACCCUCUCCGACGCGGGAGAGUACGAGUGUGUGCUGAAGAGCGCAGUGGGUACCAUCUCCAGCAAGUCGACAAUGAUAGUCUACGGUCCUCCCGGGCCACCUGGUGGAGUCGUCGUUAAUAUAAUGAAGACUUCAGCAUCUCUUGUGUGGACCAACGGCGCCAAGAACGGCCGGGACAUAAUUAUGUACUCAAUGAGCGCGAGGACUUCUUACGGCGACUGGUUCACCAUCGCGGACAACGUAACAGCUAUAGAAGUCGACCGCUACACUGGGCGACAGCAAGCCGAGAUAGAGAACGUCCUCAUUCCUUUUACGACUUACGAAUUUCGUGUCAAGGCUGCCAACGAUCUGGGCUACGGUCCGUACUCUUUGCCGUCGCCUAAGUACUCUACUCCUUCCGCAAAACCUCAACACCCGCCGAAGAACGUCGGAGGUGGAGGCGGAAAAGUCGGAGAGCUGACCAUCACCUGGGACCCGUUGCCCCAGGCUUAUCACAAUGGUCGCAAUGUUUACUACAAAAUAUUCUGGCGUCUUAAAGGAAAGGAGUACGAGUUCCAGUCGCUCUUGCUGAAGAACUACGGCAACAUCGGGAGCUACGUCGUGUCUAUCUCCCCCGAAAAUUAUUUCCUAGAGUACGAAGUCAAGGUCCAGGUGUUCAACGAAGUAGGCGAAGGACCCACGUCGGACAUCGCGGUGGUCUACAGCGCCGAAGACCUGCCGAUUAUCCAGCCGCAAGACGUUUACGCGACUAGCUACAACAGCACCAGCUUGAACGUCACCUGGCAAGCGAUCCCGCCGGUCAGGGAGUCGCUCAAGGGCCGCCUGAUUGGCCACCGUAUUAAAUACUGGCAAGCUAACAAGACAGAGGAUGAAAGCUCCUUCUUACUGUCCCGUGGACAGCGGAACUGGUCGCUCAUUGUCGGGCUUCAGGCGGAUACUGAGUACUAUGUCAAGGUGAUGGCUUAUAAUUCAGCUGGACCGGGUCCGGAGAGUGAAAGGUUCUUGCAGAGGACCUUUAGAAAAGCUCCGCAGAAUCCUCCGACUUCGGUGUUCCCCUACGAGGUCAAUCCGUCGACCAUUAGAGUCACUUGGCGGUUUGUCCAGCCGGAUUGGGGAGAAGAACCACUGGAUGGGUUCAAAAUACGCGUCUGGGAGGUCGAUCAAGAUAUGAGCACUGCUAAUGACACUAUUAUCACAGCUGGGUCCAAGCUUGAGGCCUAUGUCAGGAAUCUCAGUCCUGGUAAGACUUAUAAUUUGAGAAUUUUGGGAUUCAGUAAAGGCGGAGAUGGGAGAAUGUCCAGUCCACCGCUUACUUUCCAGAUGGGAGAUCCAGCGCAGUUUAGAAACUCAGCAGGUAAAGUUUUUGAUGUCAGUAUUGGAAUUAUCUUUUUAGUUUUUGUUUUGAGGCAACUGGCGCUUAUUUAAGUUUUUAGAUCUGAUUUUUUGUUUACAUUUUUUUUUUUUUUUUUUUUUUAAUGAUUUAUAAUUUUGAUACAAUUAUUUUUGGUAAUUAUUUACAAGUAGGGUCUACUCUAUUUUGGGCCAUAAAUAGGUGAACAAUUAACAUUUACAAUUUUUUUUUCUUCUAUUUAUUUUUAAACUUCUAUUUUAUCU